AUGGAUGGCGACGAGCUUAUUGCCUCGGUCUAUCGCAAGAUAGAGCGAGAGAAGGCCCUCAUCGCCGCCGCCAGUAACAUGCGGCAGUCGACCGACAACCCCCUCGUGCAACAGAGAGUCGACGUCAAUAUCCGUGAUGGCCGUAAGAAUAUCGCCUACCUGGAGGAGAAGAUGCGAGAGCUUCAGAUUCGCCGGAUCGAGCAAGAAGGUGGUGGUUCUCCAGGUCAGCGAGGCGGGCCCGCGCCCCCGCCAAAGGACGGAUACUUUGAAGAUGAAGCUGGUUAUCCUCAAGGUGGCUCCGGUUCGAUGCCAUCGGGUGCCCCCUUUCCCGACCCUCGCCCAUAUGCCCCCAUCCCCAAGGCGCGCCCUAAUUACACCAAGCUAGAUCUCAUCAAGUAUGACACCGCUUAUCUCGGACCGAAGAUUCAGCUCAUGCUGUCCCAGCUUGAGUUCAAGCUGAGUGUGGAGAAGCAAUACAAGGCGGGUAUCGAAAAGAUGAGUAACCAGAAGAUCCAGCUGUUAAAGCAGGCCUUGAAGCGAUACGAGGAUCUCCACGUCGAUAUCGAGUCGAACGAUGCCGCCGAUGACGAAAGUCUUAGCAGCCCCAACAUGCGCAAGCCAUUGACCGGUCUUCUUACGAUGCGGAUUCAUGCCGUCAAUGAUGUGGAUCACGCCGCGAGCUCCAGGUUCUCACGUGGCCCAGAAACCUAUAUCGUUGUCAAGGUGGAAGAUACAAUCAAGGCUAGGACGAAACCCAGCCGGACCGACAAAUGGGUGGAUGAGGCCUUCUCGAUCGAUAUUGACAAGGCGAAUGAAAUUGAGCUUACUGUUUACGAUAAGUCCGGGGAUCGCCCCACGCCCAUUGGUAUGUUAUGGGUGCGCAUCUCGGACAUUGCAGAGGAGAUGCGUCGCAAGAAGAUUGAGUCCGAGCUCAAUAACUCCGGGUGGGUUUCUGCGGAUAGAAUGGCCGGUGAUUCCAGUACACCUCGAUCCGAUCAUCCAGGCUCACCCAUGGGCUCUUCCCAUGGCAAUGGCCCGGGCAGCUUUGGCAACAUGGCUAUUCCCCAGGGCGCGAUGCCGGAGAACCCGAAUGCGCCUCCAACAGUGAUGAUUGACUCAUGGUUUGCUUUGGAACCGUUUGGUCGGAUCCAUCUCUCGAUGAGUUUCGCCAAACAAUUGAAGGACCGCCGUCCUUUCGAUAUUGGUCUCAACCGUCAAGGUGCCGUUCGUCAAAAGAAGGAGGAGGUUCACGAGAAGCAGGGCCACAAGUUCGUCACCCAACAAUUCUACAACAUCAUGCGCUGUGCGCUGUGUGGAGAAUUUCUCAAGUAUGCUGCGGGUAUGCAAUGUGCCGACUGCAAGUACACAUGUCACAAAAAGUGCUACUCGAAGGUUGUCACCAAGUGUAUCAGCAAGGCCAACUACGAAACCGACCCCGACGAAGAGAAGAUCAACCACCGCAUUCCUCAUCGCUUCGAAGGGUUUUCCAACCUUUCCGCCAAUUGGUGUUGCCAUUGUGGUUAUCUUCUUCCAUUUGGACGCAAAAAUGCUAAACGCUGCAGUGAAUGUGGUCUUACUUCCCACGCUCAUUGUACGCAUUUGGUCCCUGACUUCUGCGGCAUGUCUAUGGAGGCGGCGAACCAAAUCCUGGAAACUCUUAUUCGUGCCAAGAAUCACAACAAGUCUACUUCUGUCAGUUCCGGUCUCAGCGGUCGUACCCUCCGACCAAGCGGUCCACCGCACCCCCCUCAAGACAACAUCGCCCUUUCUUAUCCCCAAAAGCCUGGCGAGGGUCCCUACGGGGCAAUGCCCAGAAAAGCUUCGGCUGAAGCGUCACCAACAGCUGUUGCACAGAAUGCUCAGCGCCAACCCCUGCCACCGAAGUCGCCUACCUCUGGGUCCGCUGCCCAGGCUGCUGCCGCCGCCGCGGCAAGUCUGCGUAGCCCUCAGCAGACGCCUACUGAAAUGACCCGACCUCCAGUGCAGCCUCCUCCUCCUCAGCAACAACAACAACAACCUCCUCCCCAUGCUCACUAUGAUCCAUCUGUCUAUGCCACUUUCCAACACCCACCACAGGCUCAGGCGGUUUCGAAGCCUGCCCCUGUUUCAUCGCCUUAUGGAAUGCCCCCGCCACCGCAACAACAGAUGCAGCCCCCUAUGCAGGCCAUGCAGCCUGCAUCGCAACCUUUGCCCUCGACUGCAGCGGAUGAUAUUGCCCCUCCUCAGUCAAAGUCUCGCAUUGGGCUGGAUCACUUCAAUUUCCUUGCUGUUCUUGGAAAGGGUAACUUCGGUAAGGUCAUGUUGGCUGAGACGAAGAGCUCGCGGAAGCUGUAUGCCAUUAAGGUUCUGAAGAAGGAAUUCAUCAUUGAGAACGAUGAGGUUGAGAGCACCAAGUCUGAAAAGCGUGUUUUCUUGAUUGCCAACAAGGAACGUCACCCAUUCCUGUUGAACUUGCACGCCUGUUUCCAGACCGAGACCCGAGUCUAUUUCGUGAUGGAGUAUAUCAGUGGUGGUGAUCUUAUGCUGCACAUUCAGCGCGGUCAAUUUGGAUUGAAGAGGGCACAGUUCUACGCCGCGGAAGUCUGCUUGGCUCUCAAGUACUUCCACGAGAACGGAGUCAUUUACCGUGAUCUGAAGCUUGACAACAUCUUGUUGACCUUGGAUGGUCAUAUCAAGAUUGGUGAUUACGGUCUUUGCAAGGAGAACAUGUGGUACGGCUGCACCACUAGCACCUUCUGUGGUACACCCGAAUUCAUGGGACCUGAAAUUUUGUUGGACAAGAAGUACGGAAGGGCAGUUGACUGGUGGGCGUUUGGUGUCCUCAUUUACCAGAUGCUUCUGCAACAGUCUCCGUUCCGUGGUGAGGAUGAGGAUGAAAUUUACGAUGCUAUUCUUGCAGACGAGCCCCUCUACCCCAUCCACAUGCCCCGCGACUCCGUUUCUAUUUUGCAGAAGCUCUUGACUCGUGAGCCUGAGCUACGACUUGGCUCUGGACCUACCGAUGCCCAGGAAGUUAUGUCUCACGCUUUCUUCCGCAACAUCAACUGGGAUGACAUCUACCACAAGCGCGUUCCUCCACCCUUCAUCCCCACCAUUAGCAGCCCUACGGACACCAGUAACUUCGACCAGGAGUUCACCAGUGUGACUCCAGUCCUGACCCCUGUUCAAUCUGUGCUCUCCCAAGCUAUGCAGGAAGAGUUCCGGGGCUUCUCUUACACCGCCGACUUUGCCUAA